GCUACAUAAUUGGCUUAAAUGUAAGUACAUACUCCUAUGCUAUAUAUUGUCGUCGCAAAAAUACGUAUGUACUCGUACCGUACGUAUUACAGUAGUAAGAGCAAAAGGGCUUAUUUAAAAAAACAAAAAAAAAGGAAGAGCAAAAGGGCCCAGACUGUUGGUGCGAGGCCUCCUUUUGCCGUUCCCUUCCUCGAUCGGACACCGCGGCGCUCCGCCCUCGAUCUACCCGCCAUGGCCACGCGCGUCCGCGGGUGCCUCCUGCUCGUCCUCCUCGCGACCGCGGCCCCCGCCGGCGCCCUGCGCUUCGACCUGCUCUCGGGCCACACCAAGUGCAUCUCCGACGACAUCAAGGUCGGUGCCAUGGCCGUCGGUAAGUACCACGUCACGGGCCCCGACUCCCAGACCCAGCAGCAGCUCCCGGACUCCCACCGCAUCUCGCUGCGGGUCACCUCGCCCUACGGCAACAGCCUGCACUACGCGGAGAACGUGCACUCGGGCAACUUCGCCUUCACGGCCUCCGAGAACGGCGACUACCUCGCCUGCUUCUGGGCGCCCGAUCACCGCCCGCCCGCCACCGUCGCGUUCGAGUUCGACUGGCGCAGUGGCGUCUCCGCCAAGGAUUGGAGCGCCAUCGCCAAGAAGAGUCAGGUCGAAAUGAUGGAAUUGGAGCUCAGGAAGCUGGAGGAAAACAUCAGAUCUAUCCAUGAAGAAAUGUAUUACCUUCGUGAAAGGGAAGAAGAAAUGCAGGAACUGAACAGGAGAACAAACUCAAGGAUGGCUUGGCUUGGUUUCCUCUCGCUCACCAUCUGCCUAUCAGUGGCGGGCUUGCAGUUAUGGCACCUGAAGAAUUUCUUUGAAAGAAAGAAGCUACUAUAAUUCUUUUCAUUACAACAUUUCUAGGCACAAUUUUUUUGUUAAGUUUUCUUCUUUGAUGUUUUAGUGGAUGUAGAUUUUCUUCUGAGGAACAAAGAUAUAGCAGAGUUGAUAAAAACUGAUUUUUUAGUUUCCUGUACGACAAAACUAAAUAUAUGCAAAGUGCAAAGGCGGCAUCAAAUUCUAGUUCUUUGGUCUUGAAGUGUGCUGUUUAGAUUC